UGAAUUGGCAAAAUGUCUGCUCCAGUGCCAGAACUGUGGCAUUACAUCCCUUGUCUGAAUAUUGUAUUAUCCUUGAGGUGGACAUAGAAUAUUCCAGGUAUGCAGAGAAGGGGCUGCAGCUGUUCCUUCCAGCUCUGUUUGGCACUUCACAGAGCUCAGAAUGGCACCAGCUUCCAUGUGUUCGACCAAGGCCGCUUUGCCAAGGAGGUGCUGCCCAAGUAUUUCAAGCACAACAACAUGGCCAGCUUUGUCAGGCAGCUGAACAUGUAUGGCUUCAGGAAGGUGGUGAACAUCGAGCAGGGCGGGCUGGUCAAGCCUGAGAGGGACGACACUGAGUUCCAGCACCUCUGCUUCCUGCAGGGCCACGAGCACCUCCUGGAGCACAUCAAGAGGAAGGUGUCAGUAGUGAAAAGUGAGGAGACCAAGAUGCGCCAGGAGGACCUCAGCAGGUUGCUAUACGAGGUACAGAUUCUGAGAAGUCAGCAGGAGAACAUGGAGUGUCAAGUGCAGGACAUGAAGCAACAAAAUGAAGUUCUUUGGCGGGAAGUUGUUUCUCUGCGGCAGAACCACUCACAGCAACAGAAAGUCAUCAACAAGCUGAUUCAGUUUCUGUUUGGCCAGCUCCAAUCAAGCCCCAGCAGCUCUGGGAUAAAGAGGAAGCUGCCUCUGAUGCUUGACAACGGGAUCUCAGCUCCACCAGUGCCCAAGUUCAGCAGGCAUUUGUCCCCAGAGCCCCUCCACGAGCCCUACUUCAUCCAGUCGCCCUCGACAGAGCCUGCCUCUUGCUUAAACAGCCCCGCAAUUGCUGGAGGACCCAUCAUAUCUGAUGUUACUGAAGCAUCACCAUCCAGCAUCAUGAAUAUGCAAUCCACUCCUGAAAAUGACAGGGAGAAGUGCCUGAUGCUGAUCAAGGAGGAGCCAGUGAGCCCUGGGGUGAAGGGCAGCGCCGAGCCCGAGGUGCCCCUGCCCGGCUGCCGCGCCUGCUCCGAGCCCCCGGUGCUGCCCGUGGCCAUGGUCCAGUCUGUCCUGGAGGGCAAGGGCAGCUGUGCUGCAGCCCCCCCAGGGACCUCCCAGGCACCUGAGAGGAGAGGCAGGAGGGCCCUGCUGGACAGAACAGAUAUUUCAGACCCGUUGGAGGGCACUGACUGGAGCCUGGAGGGGCUGCAGCUGCUGCUGAGGAGCCAGCAGUACAGCCUGGAGCCUGCCAGCCUCUUGGAUGUCUUUAAUCCCAAUUUAUCUCUGAGUGAGUGGAAUGUGACUGAAAUGGAAGCCAGUCUGCCCCCGAUGCAGCGACUCACAGUGGAUCUGGAGAAGAGUGCAACUGAGCUGCCCCCAAAAGUGUUCAACCCACCAUUCAACACCACCUGCCCAGGGAAAGAUGUCAUCCUUGAGAGUGCCCAGCAGUUCCUCCUCGACCGUCAGUCCAUCUUUGGGAACGACCUCCUCAGCUUGCCUGAAAAUUCCUCACUUUAUGUUCCUUCUGAAAAUAUAGCUUCCUACAUGUCCUCUGGGGGUGUCCAAGGGGAUAUCCCUCUAAACCUGAGUUCUUCCACGGACAACAGCCAGUGAUUUAGCUCCCAAGAAACAAAACCUCCCUCCCAAAUAUCCACAGGUUUGAAUGUGAAGAAACAAAACUGACUCAGAAAACUGCAAGAGAGUUUCUUUUUGUACCCUUUUUUUUUUUUUUUUUUUUUAGUAGGUGGAAAUGGUCAGUAGCUGUUGCAUUACCCUCCCUGCACCUCGAUUUCAGUGUUUUUUAAAACAAAACACUACUUCUGGUGCGUGCUCUGAGGGGGAGUGAGAACUUGCCAGGAUUUUUUUUCCUUGAAAAUGCUUUAGAAAUUUCAAAUCUUUUAAUGAAAUUUAAGUGAA